AUGUCCUCUUCGCAAGAUCCCCGCCACGAGGCCGACCGGGAUGCCUAUAUUGAGGCCGACGAGGCUGAAGAAAUCUUCAACCGCGACGAAGACCACCCAAUGGAAUCAGACCCCGAGGACGAGGACCAGGCCAUGUUCGAACAGGAGAUCACACUGCAGAACGACUCUUGCGCUCACUUCGAUGUCCACUCCGACUCCGUCUUCUGUAUCGCCCAACAUCCCAUCCACAAUAACAUCGUCAUCACGGGCUCGGGCGACGAUACCAGUUACAUCUUCGACUCGACGCCCCGCGACGAGCGGCCCCUCCUCCCGCAAAGCUACGAGUCGAAUCCGCAGCCCAAGGGCGAGCGCCAGUCAUUGACGCCCAUUGCGAAGCUGGACGGACACACAGAUACCGUCAAUGCGGUCACGUUCACCGAGCCCAAGGGAGAGUACGUUGUCACAGCGGGGUUGGACGGUCGGCUGCGUGCAUGGCGCGAUACCACACCGCAGCUGACUGGUCUGGCGUGGGAGUUUGUCGCGGAAUCGCAGGAAGUGGAGGAGAUCAACUGGGUGGCCGUUUGCCCGUGUCGCAACGACGCUGAUGAGGAGAAGCGCAAUGUCGUCGCCAUCGGUGCCAGCGACGGCAGCACCUGGGUCUUCCGCAUCAACCACCACGACGCCGCCGAGCCCAUCUCCAUGAUCCAGACUUUCUUCCAGCACACUGCAUCCUGCACUGCGGGUGCCUGGACACCUGAUGGUAACCUCCUCGCCACUGUCUCUGAGGAUGGCAGCUUCUACGUGUACGAUGUCUGGGGUGCGGCCGCGGCGGCUGGCAUCUCGUAUUCCGCUGGAACCAGCGCGGUAGUGGGUCUGACCGCCGAUGAUCAGCGGUUUGCCGUGGAGGGCGGACUGUACUCGAUCGCGAUCUCGCCGGGCGGUGGUAUUGCCGCUGUCGGUGGUGCUGAGGGACACAUUCGAGUCAUUGGGUUGCCUCGUCUCACAUCCGCUGGCGGCUCCAAGGCCAAGGGUGCUUCCAACCAAGCGGCAAGCGGCGCGUCCGCCACCGGCACGAUCGUCGCCGCUCUACAGGCGCAGGGUGACGGUAUCGAGACCCUGUCCUUCUCCUCCCCACCUCUAACUCUUCUGGCUGCCGGCUCGGUCGACGGCUCGAUUGCGCUGUUCGAUGCCGCGCACCGGUUCGCUGUCCGCCGGCACAUUAGAGAUGCUCACGAGGGCGCUGCCGUCGUGAAGGUCGAAUUCUUGCAGACCCGCUUGCCCAUAGGCGCUUCGAAUCGCCCUGCGGCGCCUGUUACCCAGGGACGCCCGUGGCUGCUCACCUCGGUCGGUAUGGACGGCGUUGUAAGGCGGUGGGAUGCCCGUGGUGGCACCGCUGCCGCCGCAAACGGGCUGCUGAAGGAAUGGAAGGGCCAUUUCGGCCUCAGUGAAACUGCAGAGGGGGAGCAGUCCGGAGGCAUCAUGGCUUUUGUUCAAGGGUUUGAUGGAAAGCGGGUCGUCACCGCUGGUGAUGAUGGCAUCGCACUUGUCUUUGAGGAAUAG